CCAUACUAAUAAAAAUGAUACUGCGCUUUUAGAUGCAUAUCAACCUGAAGAGAUUUAUUCUCAAUAUAUAAUUUGGACGGCAGAAAAAGGUUAUAUAGUGAUUGAUUAUCCUUCCAAAGUUUAUAGAAUAUCUGAUACUCAUGAAUGUAUCGAUGGAAACCAGCCCCUCUGCUUAAUUAUUGAUAUUGAUACAAAGCAAAAACCAGAUCCUUCUGAUCCUAAACUUCCUUCUCUAGAUAGUGAAAAAAUUAAUCAUAAAGAUUUGAUAUCUAGAAUUUUAGUUGCUUGUACAAAUGCACUAAGCCUUAUUCCAGGAUAUUAUAGAAAACUUAACAGUUUUACUGAAAAAGUUAUAAAAUUAGUAGGAAAUCCUUACUCGAAAUUUAUUGAUGCUGGCCUUUCUAAGUCACGUUUUAGUCUUCGACUUCUUGGAUCAGCAAAAAAAAGAC